AUGGAUUUCUAUAGUACUGAUAUCAAUCAAAAUGUUGCACCUUUGCCCGGUGAAGGAACAGUAGCAAGAACAGCAUCAAAAGCACAUUAUUCAUUAUGGUACAACAACGCGUUAAAGUUAACUAACAUUCUUCUUAAAUCUCUUCGAUGUAAAUUGCAAACGAACCGCUACGAGGAGGAUCGAGGUUUUGACGUAUAUUAUGUUAUUAUAAAAAGCAUUGCUUUACUAAUGACUGCGAAAGAAUCGUUGAUAUUAUCACAAAUACCUCCUUCUCUACCACCAAGAUUUCCAUUUCGUUCACCCCAACUAUCAUUCACAUACUUAUCAACCCGUCUUGGCGGGAGCCAGAAAAAAGCAACGCAUUCUCAUCAUAUUAAUCAUCAAACUCAUCGCAUUCAUAGUAACAGUAACAACAGUAAUAGUAAUAACCGUAUUCCUUCAAAAACGGAUUCGUCCAAACAGCAUACACAACAUUUCUCUUUUGCUAAUACAGGAGCCUCCAAUAGAGAUGAAUUGUUGUCAAUCGUCCGCAAAAUUGAUAAAUCUAAUUUGAAGUGUUGUGAUUGCGGUAGCACUGCAACUGUAGAAUGGGUAUCAAUCAAUUUAUUGUGUAUAUUGUGUAUCAAAUGUUCGGGCGUUCAUCGAUCUCUGGGUUCACAUAUCUCCAAAAUCAGAUCUUUAACGCUGGAUAAUUUCACCUCGUUAGAAUUGAUGCAUCUUUUACAAAAUAAUGUCUCCAAUAGUAAUGUUAAUGCCAUUUAUGAAAGCAAUCUCCGCAACUUUUCCGUUAAGAAGAUAACCUCAAUCUCCGCAGAUUCGGAAAGAUCGAAAUUCAUUAUUGAUAAGUAUCAACAUAAAAAGUUUGUUAUCGAUGGCAACCAGGGCAGAGAAGCCUCUUUAAAGUCUUUAAUCAAAGCUAUUCAUUUAGAUAGUGUCUUCAUGAUGCAGAGAGCCAUUGCACAAAGUAAAUAUUCUUUAAGAGAAUUGACGGCAAGUGAAAAAGAGCAAGAUGAUUUAAACCAUCCGUCCAUUUUUCAAUAUUCUUUGAAACAUUACGAAAUUGUCGACGGAACCCCCGUUUUCUUUAUUACAGAAUUUUUAUUGUGCAACGGUAUUCAUAUAGAUAACUUACCGAAGAUUACUAAAAAUUGGUCUCCAAAGGUUUUAGAAUACUGGGAAACCAAGUUGGAAAUGUACGGAACAUUCCAAGAUGUGAACGCUUCUCGGCCUAAAUCAGGACCGCAUUUAAAUAUACAUUCAAAUGUAGAUUCAGCUUCGUCCUACAGUAAGACACACGAUUUGAGGGUGAACAUACCUGAAAGAAGUGCCUCCGCAAGUAAAAGGUGGAGCUUGAGUUCCAUUCCCAAGUCUUCUCAAAAUUUGAUGUCCCCCACAAACUUACUAGCAAUGCAUAAAUCUUUAAAAUUGACCAAAAAGGACAAAAAAUAG